AUGCGGCGAGCUUCAUUAGAUCUCACGGAGCCUUCGCGCAACCUAGAGGAGUCUAUAGGUGCGCCGACGCCUGGCACUCCGGACGCCGAUGUCGACAUAUCACUACCAACCCCCGAGGAAGCCAUAGAAGCCGUUGAAGGCGCCGAUGAUCAAACCCCGCGAAUCUACACGCCCCCGCCACACAUCGCCGCACGCUUCUACCGACCAACGCAGAACCGACGCAAGGGCUCAGCAGCCUCAUCGCGACGGAACUCUAUAUCCUCUACCCAUUCACGAGCCUCACUGGGCUGUGCACCAGACGAUGACAGUCCCCAGAGCAAGCAUGUCGCCCAACACCUGCGCCGCGCGUCCAUCCUCGAGGAUCGCCAGAAACGACUCGCCGACCGUGCUGCGCACGCCGAGAAGGUCCGCCUACGAGCGGCAUUAGCGAAGGCAGCCACCCGCGAUAUAUCCGCUUCGGAAGAGAGGGCUCUCGCUGCCCAACAGGCGCGCGAGAGAAAUCUCGCCGAGAUUGCUGCAGCAUGCGCGGAAGAGGUGAAGAGGGCCAAAGCAGUGGCGGAAAGCAUGAAGGAGAAGCGGGAACAAGAAAUCAAGAAGAUGCGGCUACAGAUGGAAGAGCGUCUGGCAGAAGCCGAGAAGAGACGUGAGGAGCUCCGGAACAAGAGCACCACACGAACUCGCGGCAGAGGCCAGAGCAUCAUUACAAGUCGGAAGGCUGUCGAAGUGAUGCCGGAGGUGAAGGAGGUCAAGGAGCGGGACUCUUCGCCUAUGCGAGACGACGUUGCGAUCACGAAGAUCCAGUGGUGGUGGAGGGCUGCUCUGCGAAAGAGGGCUGUUUCAGAGUUUCUCCAACUGGGUUUGACUAUCGAUGGCGUGAGAGACACGUCAUUCGAGAAGGUCGUUGAAUUGCUUGGCCAGGAGAAAGUACUCCUGAUCACGGCGCGAGUGCUACGGAUCUGUGGUCUCCAAGAGGGAAACACCGGAUCCGUUGACGAGAUGGCCGCAGUGCGGACAUUCUUGAGUGCAUUCCUCAUUUUGGGACACCCUGCCCAAGUCCUUAGUAAUAGGGAAGGCAGUAGUGAACAGGAGCAGGUUGGAGCAACUCUGGCGCAGCCAAUGCCGAAGGAUGAUCUAGCUAAUCCACAGCUGCAGGAACUCGUUGGGAAGGCACGAGACCUUUUGAUUUCGUUUGAGAACACGCUGUCUCGGUUGACAUCGCUCAACAACUAUACUCCCCCGCCCGCACUCGUCGAGUCGCUGCCUGAAGUGUAUGCGACUUUCUAUAAUGCGUUUAUCGCAUGGAAAGCCCGUGACUCUAGCGCGCUCAUUCAGGUCAUGUUACUACAGUUUGUUGAGCUGGAUGCUAUCUGGCAGUCCGUGAAGGAUAGCACUGAUCCAUCUGUCACUGAUCAAUACCGCCAAAGUAUACAGGAUAAUCAGGUCAAGCUUAUGGUGAGAAUCAAGAAGCUGGCCGGUGCCGAGCAAGGCAAGAAGAUGGUCUUCGAAGCUGUCAGGAAAGCUCGCAAGGCAAGGGCACAGAAGAAACCGGCUGGAGACACGAAGCCACGAGUUGCAGACCAAUCAAUUACGACGGAAACUGUAAUGGAUGACUUGGUGACCACCAGUGAGCGCAGGUCAGCAGCUGCUACACAACAGCCUACGCCACCAUCCACGCCAAAUGCUAGGCAGCGGUCCUCAGAUAUCCAUGUUCGUCCGGCGAGCAGGAAAGGUAGUCUGCUGCCCGACAAUCGCAUUGUGGUCCACGAGCUAGCCAUUAACCGAGAAUAUCGCGUCUCUGCGGAUGAAUUCAUGGAGGCCGAGACCAAAGCGCUGCAGCCGUUGCUGGAAGAGAUGCGCAACACGAUGGUGGAUGACCAGCAAGAGGAACACUUCUUCCUCCUGCUGUCUAUCGCGGACUAUAUACGCGAUAAGCUGCAACGCUUGGUGCGACCAGGUAACUCGAUGCACACCUUCAUUGGUGAGCUCCUUGACGUGGACAUGGCGAAACGCCAAUUCAGCGCUGGGAGCUUCUCUUAUGAGAGAUUCUUCUCGUCCAUGGGUGCUUUGCUGCCUAAGCUCUGUGCGCCUGUCCGCGAUGACGAAGUGAAAGACCUCGUUGAGAACAAGCUAAGCCAGGGAAGCUAUGUUGACCGUCUCGAGGCGCUUAUCCUCUUCAUCGACGUCAUGCUGAGUGACUACGCGAACCACUUGCUUCACCUGGUGGCACCAAAGCUGCUCGAAUCUGCAUCGCAGUAUGAGGCAAAAUCAUUCUCUUCUGCAUUGGAAAUGGGAGUGCACGAUCUGUCUGCCGCAGAGGCGGCAUGGCGUGUAGCACGUAGCAAGGUUCUCACAGAGGUAUCCCGUCGCGACCCUGAAGGCAUUAACCACCCCAAAUCACGGCCGACUCCGGACAGGAUUUACAACCAGAUGCUAGUAGACAUCUUUACGCAGCUCGGUCCUAUGCCGUCAGACGAGGUCCCCGAGAUGCUGCGCCUUGAUCACAAGCGUAUUGCAAAGUACGGCACACUGUCCAGAAGAAUCAUCACAGCUGGUGCGAUCCUUUUGCAGUGCAAAAACCUUCUCAAGCGCGACGUCCGGGCUCCGUGGAAGACCGAAGCUGGAAGAAUCAUGUCAGUCCUCGAGGCUGCAGAUCGGCAGCCGAAUAGUGAUGCCAUUGUCGAUGGGGUUAUGGCUGCUCUCGAAGCCGGCCGCUCUAUGCCGGCCGCUACCAAAGGGCAUCUUCGUGCUCUGGUUCAAAAGCUGGCAAUAGCUAGCAUGGAGUGCGCUACCAAGGCAAAUGGCACCUUGGCAUCCUCGGAGCCUAGGGAGCCGGUCUUGAGAUUGCUACUCAACCGUCUCAGGGGUCACAUGCUGGCCCGACUGGCAGCUGGAAGCACCAGCGAGAAGGUCAAAGCUACCAGCACAGCUGGCGAGAAAUUGGCCGGUCUCGGGCUUGCAGAGUUCACGGAUCGAGUACGUGAGAUGGUGGACGAGAUUGCCAAAGUCGGCAGUGUCGACCGCGAAGCCCAUAGCGUAUGGUGGGAGAAUGUGGCCGAGAAGGCUGAGCGCGAAGAGAGCUCUUGA